CCCUGUUCAGGACAGCGGUGCAGAAACCGGGCCCCAGCCAGAGCUCCACGCAGGGGCAGGUCUCAGGAGAGACUGGCCCCAUCCAGAGAACCCUUGAGCAGCCUGACCCAGCAGACACCCAGGUGUCAGUGUCCAACAGAAAAAACCUCUCCAACGAGAAGUUCAUGCUGAACAUGCUCUACGCCAAUAACUCCUCGGGGUCUUCAGUCGACCGGCCGUCAGGCACCGAGGAGAGCCUCUCCGGAGAGCCAGAGGACCACAGAGGGCUGGACAGGGCUGGUAGCAGUGUGAAGGAACGUCUAUCUAGCCUCCUCAAGUGUUCAUUUGAAUUGAAAUGCAUUACUGAUCUGUUCCCCCAGGCCCAGCAGGCCCAGCAGGCCCAGCCUCUACCCAGCGAGGACAGCAGUUCCCGGAGGGCAGAGCUGCAGGGUCUGGGUGGCAGUGCCCAGGCUGCGCGGGCCAGGCUGGCAGAGGAGCAGCAGCACAGGCGUGUCCGUCCGCAGUACAGCAUCGACGCAGAGACCCACUCCCGAAACCUGGAGAAAACCCAGAUGACCCCACUGGCCAGGGACAGACAGACGGACGCCUGGGACCAGCUCCAACCCAGCUCCAAAGCCCUGAAGAUUAAAGACCUGGACUUCUCCGACCUCAUGGAGGAGGAGGAUAUAGAUGUUCUGGACGUGGACGUCUUCGGGACGUGGGUGUUGGUCGGCCCAGUGGUGGUGGUAGUGGCAUCCCACCUCCUCCUCCACCUAUUCCUGGACUAGCCUCCGCUCCUCCUCCUCCUCCUCCUCCCCCGGGGCUCCGUUUAUGAGUAUCCCUCCUCCACCUCCUCCCCACCGGGUGGAGGUCUCUGCUCCCCUCCACCACCACCUCCUCCUGGAGCUCCCCUUCCUCCU